CCCCGUCUCUGUAGCUUUAUUUCUUUCGGUGAUUCUAACUUUCUCCAUAUAGCGUGUGUGCUCGUGUGCACAUCUGGCUCUGUGUGUCUCUGUUUUUUCCGUCUCUGUCUUAUCUUCGUCUCUUUAGGUAUGUCUCUGCCUCUACCUCCCUGUGUAUGUCACUGCUGCUCUUGUUACCGCUUUACCUUUCCGUGUCUUUCUGGUUUUAACCACCUCUCUUUUUGGUUCUGCCUCUCGCUUGCUUUGCACAUCCUGUCCCUGGCCGCCACCACCGCCCAGCACGUGUGGGCUGAGGGUCUCAGCCCCUUCCCUCCUGUCUCCUCACCCAGGCAGCUGCUCACAGUUUCCCAGCCCGGCCUCCCUGCCCGCCCCUCCUGGGCCUUGGAGGAGGGGGGCAGGGAUGAAGGGAGGGCAGCCUGGUGGGCCCACCCCUUUUUGCCUUUCCAGGCUGGGAGGCUGGGCCAGUGAGCCUUUUAACCAGCUCCGGGCAGGCUGUGCUGGACACCAGCCCCGGACGCGGCCCCUCUGUGGUCCCGACGGCCGCCAGCCCGGCCAGCCCGGCCAGCAUGCAGCAACAGCCCCCGCCUGGGCCCUUGGCCCCUGCGGCCGAGCCCACCAAGCCUCCGUACAGCUACAUCGCUCUGAUCGCCAUGGCCAUCCAGAGCUCGCCGGGACAGCGGGCCACGCUCAGCGGCAUCUACCGCUACAUCAUGGGCCGCUUCGCCUUCUACCGCCACAACCGGCCCGGCUGGCAGAACAGCAUCCGCCACAACCUGUCGCUCAACGAGUGCUUCGUCAAGGUGCCCCGUGAUGACCGCAAGCCGGGCAAGGGCAGCUAUUGGACGCUGGACCCCGACUGCCACGACAUGUUUGAGCAUGGCAGCUUCCUGCGCCGACGCCGACGCUUCACCCGGCGAGCAGGUGCGGAGGGAGCCAAGGGCCCUGCCAAGGCACGCCGUGCACCCCUCAGAGUGGCCAGCCAGGACCCGGGAGUCCCCGACGCCGCAGCUGGCAGGCGGUGCCCAUUCCUGCCAGAGCUGCCAGAGCCCAAGGGCCUAAGCUUUGGGGGUCUGGUAGGGGCCUUGCCAGCCACCAUGUGUCCUGCAGUCACUGAUGCCAGGCCUCGGCCACCCAUGGAGCCCAAAGAGAUGCCCACCCCUAAGCCUGCAGGCCCGGGGGAGCUCCCUGGGGCCCCCUCGUCUCCCCCAUGCCCAGCAUACGGCUUUCCUGGCGGCUUCUCUGAGGCUGAGGGUUUCAGUAAGGCCCCCACACCCAUCCUGACCCCCGAGGCGGGUGUCGGGAGCAGCUACCAGUGCCGGCUGCAGGCACUGAAUUUCUGCAUGGGGACUGACCCCGGCCUUGAACACCUCUUGGCCUCAGCAGCCCCCUCUCCUGCACCGCCCACCCCUCCAGCCUCACUCCGUGCCACGCUGCCACUGCCAGCUGACCCCAAGGAACCCUGGGUUGCAGGCAGCUUGCCUGUCCAGGGAGGCUCCAGCUACCCACUGGGGCUGACCCCCUGCCUAUACCGGACACCAGGAAUGUUCUUCUUUGAGUGAAGCCAGCCUGGCCUCGGGCAGUGCCUGCAGGGCCCCUGCCAACGGCACCCUCCGGGGUGAGCCUGACUCGAGGAUCUCGGGAGCCCUCGAGGGACCCAGGCCUGGCAAGCCAACAACAGCUGGGACAGGAGCCAAGAUCGGAGUAGUGAACACGCAGCCAGCCCUCAGGGCCUCUGGACAGACUCGAGGGAGAGGGGAGGCGGGGCCCCCUUGGGUUCGCUCUGUGGCUCUCAGGGCCAAUAAAACCAGUAUGAUGAUGA